CCGUGCUUCGGCAUAUCCGUGGACCAGGACGACAUCCUCCCCGGCGCCCUGCGCCUCAUCCGGGAGCUGCGGCCGCAUUGGAAACCCGAGCAAGUUCGGACCAAGCGCUUCACUGAUGGCAUCACCAACAAGCUGGUGGCCUGCUACGUGGAGGAGGACAUGCGGGACUGUGUGCUGGUCCGGGUGUAUGGAGAACGGACGGAGCUGCUGGUGGACCGGGAGAAUGAAGUCAGGAACUUCCAGCUGCUGCAAGCACACGGCUGCGCCCCCAAACUCUACUGCACCUUCCAGAACGGGCUGUGUUACGAAUACAUGCGGGGCAUGGCCCUGGGGCCCGAGCACAUCCGUGAGCCCCGGCUCUUCAGGCUGAUCGCUUUAGAAAUGGCCAAGAUUCACACCAUCCACGCCAACGGCAGCCUGCCCAAGCCCACCCUCUGGCACAAGAUGCACAAUUAUUUCACCCUCGUGAAGAAUGAAAUCAACCCCAGCCUUUCUGCAGAUGUCCCUAAGGUCGAAGUGUUGGAACAGGAGCUGGCCUGGCUGAAGGAGCACCUGCCCCAGUUGGACUCCCCUGUGGUGUUUUGUCACAAUGACCUGCUCUGCAAGAAUAUUAUCUAUGACAGCACCAAAGGUCAUGUGCGGUUCAUUGACUACGAAUAUGCCGGCUACAAUUACCAAGCUUUUGACAUUGGCAACCAUUUCAAUGAGUUUGCAGGUGUGAACGAGGUGGAUUACUGCUGGUACCCAGCGCGGGAGACCCAGCUGCAGUGGCUCGGCUACUACCUGCAGGCACAGAAAGGGGCGGCCGUGACCCCCAGGGAGGUGGAGAGGCUGUAUGUUCAAGUCAACAAGUUUGCCCUGGCGUCUCACUUCUUCUGGGCACUCUGGGCCCUCAUCCAGAACCAGUUCUCCACCAUCGACUUCGAUUUCCUCAGGUACGCAGUGAUCCGAUUCAACCAGUAUUUCAAGGUGAAGCCUCAAGUGUCAGCCUUGGAGAUGCCAAAGUGACCAGCUUCCCCAUCCUUCUCCUACCCAUCUGCCUGGCCAGACCUGUUCUCCAGGGCUCAGUUCUGCUCUGGGGUCUGCACCCUUGGACAAGGCAGGAGAGGGGACAGGCGGGAGUCCCGGGCGAAGGCAGCCCUGUCCUAGUUGCCAGCCCCCAGUGAUGUCCCUGGAGGUCACAUUCUUGUGUGGAGGGGCUGACAGGACCCAGCUCUGGGGGUUCCUUCAGCUUGCCAGACUUGGGAGGGGCAGGGGCCGGGAGCGCCUGCAGCCAGCCAGUGCUCGGCCCACAACCACCCUGGAAAGCCCAGCAUUCCUAGCCCCAGGCCAUGCUGGAAUCUGGGCUGCCUUAGAUGUGUCUUUGACCUUCCUGGCUUGGGGAGGGGGGA